CUCGCGCUUCAGCAGGGCGCGUGCGUUCAGUCAGUUUCCUGCGCGAGUCUAGUCAAGAGCGCGACACACAGAGAAACGCUUUAUACUUAAAGGCCAAACGAACUGACGGACACAUGCAGGAGCAGCAUGGGAAGGUCACACCUGGCUGUCAGGAUGAGAAUAAGAAGGCAUAAAGUCUUCCUGUUGUGCUUACUGGGGAUUUGUGUCAUUUCCUUCCUUCAUUACUUCAAAGCCCUGCACAAUGUUUCACUGCUACAGGAGCUCUCCGCUCCCUCCACCCAUCUAAAGUCUCUGAAGAUAAUCAGUGAUAUCUUCUGGAAUUUUCCGGCUUCUGACUUCCACCCCCAGCAAGACUUUCACAAACACAGCCACCUGAAGGUCAAUGUUGACUCUAAUGUGAACCUGCCAGAUCCUCCAGAUAGGAAACUUCAUGAACAUACAUUUGUACUCCAUGAUGAUCCCACAGACUUUUUCAUCCACACCAAAUCCGGAGCAGUGUGCUUCAGAGAGGGGACGGAUAUGACCGCCUCUGCAUCUCACCGCAGGUUACUGCAACAUCACAGAGAAAACAACCCCAAAGAUGACGCAAUCAAUGCAGUCAACAAGAUGGUUCAGUGUCCCUGCCGGCAGGGUUGGCACGGCCCUCACUGUGGCAUCCCUACCAUCGUGUAUCAUUCCAAUCUCCCAUCCAAGUCAAAAGUAACACCCAGAAAAGUUCCACGUCGGGUCAUCAAUGCCAUCAACAUCAACCAUGAGUUUGACCUACUACACGCUCGAUUCCAUGAACUUGGAGAUGUCGUUGAUGUGUUCUUGGUCUGCGAAUCCAAUUUCACUACAUACGGUAACUCAAGACCUCUUUUAUUCCGGCAGCUGAUCCUGAACGGAACGCUUGACUACAUAAAGCACAAAAUCCUGUACAUCUUCCUGGACCAUUUUCCUGAUGGCGGUCGCGCAGACGGCUGGAUCGCGGAUGAUUACCUCCGCACAUAUUUAACCAAAAACGGAAUGUCGAGGCUUGAGGGCCUCAAAGCGGACGAUGUUUUCGUCAUCGAUGACGCGGAUGAAAUUCCUGCUCGAGAUGGAAUCCUUUUCCUCAAGCUCUACAACGGCUGGACAGAACCGGUCGGGAUCCACAUGCGCAAAUCCCUUUACGGAUUCUACUGGAGGCAGUUUGGAACACUAAACGUUUUAUCUGCUUGCACGACAGCUAUGCUCUUUAAGGUUUACAAGGGUGAUGGGAUUUAUCUCCGGCGCCGGUCAUAUUAUUCCAUGUCGGGAUUCCGGGAAUACGAGACCUCCACGGGACGCAUUCUGGUGCCGUGGGCCAUCGGAAGUCCAGUUCACUAUGCUGGAUGGCACUGUUCUUGGUGUUUUAAACCAGAAGGAAUUUAUUACAAACUCAUAUCGGCCCAAAAUGGAGACUUCCCACGUUGGGGUGAUUACAGUGAGAAAAGGAAGAUGAGUUAUAUUAAAGAGUUAAUACAGACAGGUGGUUGGUUUGAUGGGUCUGCUCCAGACUACCCACCCUCAGACCCCAAAGAGCAUAUGUAUGCUCCCAAAUACCUGCUGGACAACUAUGAAAAAUAUCGCUACUUGCUGGAGAACCCUUAUGCAAAAGAGAAACAUUAAGAGAAACGGGUCUGUUUCAAAUGGGCAGCUUAAUAAGCUUAAGCGAGAAGUGAAACUGAAUGAUAGAAAGGAGUUUCACAGCCUUUUGUGGUUCAUGAUUCAGUAAUUCAAGUUCCACAAUUCUCAUGAAUUCCCACCUCAUCGCAGACGGACUAUAAUAACAUAAAAGGAUACCAACAUGUUUUAUUAUUUAAUCAGAUUUGUUGCUUUAGACUCUCUAUCAAGAACUAUAGCAAGUGAUUUAGCCACUUCAUGGCUAUAAAAUUAUGUUUUUAUGAUUUAAAAACAGUUACAAUUAAUGAGAUUAUUCUCCAUACAUGCCAUCUGGUGACACCAAGAUGCCUACCCAACGUGGUUUUACUCAUGUUUCUGUGAAAAGAUCUCCUUAAUCAUAGUAAUAUAUGAAAAUAAUUGCACUUAAAUGGACUUGAUAUAUGAUAUGACGUAUAUUUAUAGAAAUGUUUACUCCAUAUGAAUGCUAUGCUCUAAAUUGGCUUAAACCGUAAUGAUGGUCGGCGCCGAUAGCCUCGUUUACGUUAUGGGGGGCCCUAAGCAAAUCUCCGGGAGGGGGCUCUUGCGAGGGGGGGGGGCUUUGCGAGGUGGGUAAACACGCUACUGCUCGUGGGCAGCGACAUAUAGUGCCGUUGAGCUGCUGGCGUCCCGAGUUCGAAUCCCAGCUCAUAGACCUUUACCAAUCCACCCCCCCCCCCUCCCACUUCAUUUCCUGUCAUCACACUGUCCUAUCUACAAUGAAGGCAAAAUCACCAAAAAUCAAAUCUAAAAAAUAAAACAAUGGUUUCUGUAUUUAUAGAGGAGAUCUAUUUGCUGCAGGAGUUAUUUUCUGGUGCAAUGAUCUUAAAAGUUUCAAAAGUCGAUAAGUUGACUAAAACAAAACAAUGUGCAUAGAUUACAAUCAGGAUACAGGUGUACUUUAGGAUUUUAUGAUUUUUCAUCUACACUGGAAGAAUAUGUAUUUUAAAUGUCUAUUUCACAUUUUUUCCCAGUAAAAAAAACCAAGAUAAAUAAUAUAAAAAAUACAAAAAUAAUAUAAUAACAUACUAAAUCAUAUGUUUUGAGAAUAUACCUUAAAUCUUACUUUUUAUUAUAUUAUUAUUAUUACCUUGCUGGCAAAUAGUUUUUUUCUCGUUUUAUAAUUUGUUAGAUUUAUGCUUAAAAAAAAAAACUAACUUUAAGAUAUAUUGUGAAAACAGGUGUUAUUUUACAACAUUUUGCAAGUGAAAUGGUAUUGUUUUAUUGACGUUUAUACAAUUUAUACAAGAUGAUAAAAAAAUCUAAAUCAGUGUUGUUAAUAUUUUAAUGAUUUUUACACUGUAAUGGACAAUGAUAUUGCAGCUGUAAUGCCACUUUCACUUUUUCAUAGUUCAUUGAACUAUGAUGGCCUGUUGAAACCUCUAAUGGUUUAAGAUUGUGUUUCAAAGCUUUAAGGUUAGUCACGCUCUGCAUGCUUGCAUAUGGAUGUGAUAAACAUUAGCCAUUAGCAAAAUUAGCUUUGAAACCGGAUAUCCUGUCAGGAACUGAGUUAGCAAGGGCCUGAUCAUGUGUCAGCAAAGUUAGCAGCAACAGCAAAGAAAUAAUAUGAUAACAAACCUAAAUAGCCAAAGACGAAAAUGGGAAGUUUUAUAAAGUGGGGCAUUCAAACCUUGGAGUUUAUAAUUAAAAGUAUAGUAUAGCCCAAAAAUGAAAUUUGUCAUUAUUUGCUCAGCCUCAUGUUAUUCCAAACCUGUAUGACUUCCAUAGUAUUAACAAAAAAUACAAUAGAAGUCAUUUGGUUACCAAAUGAUGAUAAAGAGGUUCACCCAAUGAGGUGUUACUCAUAUUUCAUUACUUAAAGAUCACCAUAUUGUACAUUGAUUAUCAAAGUAAUGUAUGAAAGCAUUCAAAACAAAUAUCACUUAAAUUGACUCAAUAUUUUGAUUUGAAGAUUAUUUCAUAUGAAUGCUGUGCUAAAAAUGGUUUCUGUGUUCACAAAGGAAAUCUGCAGAGAGUAUUACAAUCAUAUUGGUACUGCUUCAUUUGCAUUAGUGCAUUAUUUGCAUUCAUGCUUUGAAAAGAAAAUAUGAUAUUAUCACAAGUUAACCAAUUGAAAGAAUUUGAGGAAGAACUGAUAACAGACAAAAGUCUGUCAUCAGUUCUUCCUCAAAUUCUUUCAAUGUCAUUUUUGGUGACUUAUCGAACAUGAAUAUCCUUUAACUUUCACUUUGUCAGUUAAAAUAUUAUUGACCAUAGACCAAAAUGUGAAAGUGCACUGCUUAAAAAAAAAAAAAAAAAAUCUGCAUUCUUGCUCAAGUCAUCCUGCUUUGUUUUUGCAUCCAUCUCAGGUAGAAAGCUCGCUAAAUUGACAGGGUUUAGUAAUAAUGCUGAAUUGUCCCACGAGUCACUCAGAAGGUGGGUGGUAGCUUUCUGUGGGACCAGAGGGCAACAGUGCAUCUGUUCACCCGAGACCCUCACAGGGACUGAGAACCGAAAUCAGAUCUGAGCUACUUUGUCUUUUUCCCCUUCCUACAUGGGAGAGAUGCAACCUUGUAACCUGCUCGGAUGCUGCUUUUGAGAAUCACAGAGACUUUGAGACUAAAGAGGGCAAAGUUGUUUUUCUCAGAUCUGUACUCUCUGAACGGAAUAGUUCACCCCAAAAUUAAAAAGUACUAAAUUUGCUUGAUUUGAAUCACUUGCUCACCAAUGGCUCCUCUGCAGUGAAUGGGUGCCGUCAGAAUGAGUCCAAACAGCUGAUUAAAACAUCACACAGCUCCACAUCAAUUAAUGUCUUGUGAAAUGAAAAGCUGCAUGUUUAUAUAUAUAUAUAAAAAAAAAAAAACACACAAAUCCAUCGUUUUGACACUUUUAACUUCAAACCGAUGCUUCUGGCCAAAAUAUGAGUCUGUGAUCCUUAAUAACGUUCCCAUCCCUCUCACAUCAAAAUCCAUUGACAUAUUUGUUUAGAACUGUUUUCACUUGUAAACAUCUGUGCAUAUUUCUCUCCUGAUUCAGACAAGACAGCUUUUUCACUCAAGUUAGAAAGAAUGGGUAGAGGACUUGUAUAUUUUUAACCAGAAGCAAUGGUUUGAAGUUAAAAAUGCCUUAAUGUUGUUUUGUUUUGUCUUGUUGUUGUUUUUUCUUGCAAACAUGCAGCUUUUACUUCACAAGACGUUAACUGAUGGACUGAUGGUCGUGUGGAUUACUUGUGGAUUACUGUGAUGUUUGGACUCUCAUUCUGACGGCACCCAUUCACUGCAGAGGAUCCAUUGGUGAGCAAGUGGUGCAGUGCUUAAUUUCUCCAAAUCUGUUUUCCGAUGAAGAAACAAACUCAUCUACAUCUUGGAUGACCUGACAGUGGGCAAAUUUUCAUUUUUAGCUGAACUAUAUCUUUACGUGAUGUUGCUUAUUUACAUAAAGUUAUGUGCAUAGGACAAUAGACAAACAUGCAUAUCAGCAUGAAAAGUGAUAUUUUGAAAGACGUUAUGCUCUUUUUUUUUUGCAUGCCCUGUGAUGUUUUUUUGUAAAAAGAAAAAAAAAAAAAAAGUGAAACAUCUCCUGUUUUUCUAAAUAUGAUGGAAUUGUCAACUGUUCCUUUUCCAUUGUGUUAUCUGAUCUUUGUUUGAGGUGGCAGUGGCCCUGCAGAGAAAAUCAAGUUGAUGUUUACAUGAGAUGUGAGAAACAUGCACUCAGGCCAACAUGUUAAACUAUUGCACUUCCUUUAGAGAAAUUAGAAGCCAUAAUCUGUACAGUAGAAUAAUGAACAGUAAAUGGUUGUUUUACUGUCCAACACAUCAAAUAGGGCAUUUUUCCCUCCUAGAUAUUCAUCAGUCAGCACACUGGAUUUUACGCAACUGCAGUCACUGUUUAUUUUUUCAUUGUUUAAUGAUUGCUGUGCAAUUACUGCUAUUUCAGAUUAUGUUUAUUGAACGAAUGUGAAUGAGAUUGUAUUUUGCAUGUCUGUUUUUGUGUUUGGGGGUUGCACAGGAAUGCUGCAAAAAUGUGAAUAAUUUUACUCAAUGUUGAUUAUUCUUGUAUGUGUGAAAUAUUUUUCAGAGAAAUCAAUAGUUGCUUUUUCAAAUGAUUCAUGUACAAAGUAAUGUUUGGAUGAAUUUGUAUUUAUUGGGAGAAAUAAAAUCAGAUUUUAGUUU